AUCUCACAAACCUUCCGUCCGUCGUACUCAGUCAGACUGGAAACUUUGUGUGGCCUGCAAUUGGAUGACUUGAUCUGCGUUUGUGUGGUUAGUGUGUCGUGAUCUCUGUUGUGGGACGGAUGCCUCUCAGAGAUACGGAAAGAUCCCGCCCUUCGUCCUCCUCGCUCUCUACUGCAGUCCCUCCAAUUCCACCCUCCGGGAGUCCAUACCUCUCCGUAACUUCACUUCCCGUCCCUUCCCUUGCGUUCCGUCCGCCUCCAUUCGGAGGAAAUCGUAGUUGGUCAACUGAUCACGGAAGAAAUUGGAUGUAAAGUCGUCAACUAUGAAGGUCAAAGAUGAAUCUGGAGGGGACCACCACUGGAGAGCACCACAACCGCUUGCAUCGGGCUUGCAUCAGCAAGAAGGCAGGGAAGGGAAGGAAAUGGAAUGGGGGAGGCCGGAUCGCCUGAUUAGUGGCUGAAAAGCCACGCCCGCACCAUUUCUUUAGUCAAGUGCAUUGCACCUACAAAUAGAGGAAAAAGCGAGUGACUGGCUGCCAUGGGAGUUCUCGCCCAGGACAAAAGAGAGAAGUGACAAGGUUCCAAUUUGCAAACGCUAUCGAUACGCAGAACAAUUGGGGAAUCUGAAGGAGAGGCCCUGGUUUCAAGUUGGGGUGUAGUUGGAGCCAGGGGAAAGGGAGGGGCAGGGCAGGGCAGGGCAGGGUCGAUCGAUUGGUGGUUGGUUGGUUGGCUGGUUCGUUGGUCUCGAGUUUGGGAGGGCAAGGAAUAGAGAAAGAGAGGGCGGAAGUUGGAAACAAAAGCCCACCAUCUGUUUGCAUCAUUUUCCACAUUGCAGGAAGAGUUGCAGAGCAGGACCGGACUGUGUGACAGAUUCAGGACAUCGAAGAUUUGGGCAAUGGCCACAGCGUUGAGAGCGGCGGUGGGCAAUGUCGCCGCCCCCAGGGCCCUGCGCUCCUCCUCCGCUGUGAAGGCGGUGUCUUCUGCACAAGUCGCUGCUUCUCCGUUCCUGGGAUCGAAAGGAAAGCUCUUUACUCAGUCUUCCGGACAGCAACAAUCCGUCGUUGUUCUCCAGAGACGCCGCAUCCAUGGCGUUCGAGCUCUGCAACGAGGAGACUACUAUGUUAAGGAAGACGGCAAACCCGAGUCUCUCGAGUACCGUGUAUACUUCGCCGACAAGGAGGGCAACACGAUUUCUCCGUGGCACGAUAUUCCUUUGAAGGCUGGAGAUGGUCUGUACAAUUUCAUCGUGGAAAUUCCCAAGGAGACGAGUGCCAAGAUGGAGGUGGCCACAGACGAGCCUAACACCCCGAUCAAGCAGGACACAAAGAAGGGGAAGCUUAGGUUUUACCCAUACAACAUCAACUGGAAUUACGGACUUCUACCACAAACAUGGGAGGACCCUACCCACGCCAACACUGAAAUCGAGGGUUGUCUUGGAGACAACGAUCCAGUGGACGUCGUGGAAAUUGGGGAGAGGCAAGCCAAGAUCGGAGAGGUGAUGAAGGUGAAGCCGUUGGCUGUGUUGGCUAUGAUCGAUGAAGGUGAGCUGGACUGGAAAGUCGUGGCGAUCUCAGUGGACGACCCCAAGGCAAAACUUGUGAACACUAUGGAAGAUGUUGAGAAGCACUUUCCGGGUACCUUGACAGCCAUAAGAAAUUGGUUCAGGGACUACAAAAUUCCUGAUGGCAAGCCAGCAAACAGAUUUGGUCUUGACAACAAACCUGCCGACCAAGAGUAUGCAUUGAAGGUGAUCGCUGAGACCAACAAUGCCUGGGCCAAUCUGGUGAAAAGGUCCGUACCCAAGGGAGAGCUGUCCUUGGCAUAAGUUGGGAUGAAGGUUUGGCCCUAUAGCCGUCUGAAUCAAUCUGGUUUUGGUGGGUUAUUGCCCAGUUCCAAUCCAGGCAAACACUCACACACCAUAAUUCCUGUCAGUAGUAUGUGAGUUGCAAUUUUUUGACAGAUGUAAAACAUUUUAAUUGUUCCCAAAGUUUUGGUUCCUCACGGCAGUUCAAGGAGAGGAUUUAGGUUGCGUUCACGAAAACGUUAUUUAGAAGUCUGGAAGCUCUUGUUUCCAUGUCUAAUAUCAAGAGGCUUUUCUAGUUCCAAAAUCCAGUACAAUGGUAAAAUGGUGAUAUGACAAGGUUAGUUUCAUGCAAGAUCUCAAAAGUAUCUGGGUGGUAGAUUCUUAUUCUUAGUAACAGGAACAAGAAACUCUUACUUUUUAUGGAAAUAUCGAAGAAGCUGACCUGAGAGUCUUCGACAGUCGAUCUAAUGUUACGUCAUUCGGAGUUGAGUCUCUGUAUCGACUGUAUCUCCUGGCGCUUAAAUUUGAAUUGGAUUCAGUAGGAACUGCUGGAUGUGUUACCAACUAGGAGAACCGGCUAGUGUAACACUGGCUGUAAGUACUCCCUUACAACCAGAUUUUGGCACCAAGACGCUUCGAGCCCAUUGCCAGGAAAUUGACAGAAGGCUGCCAUUUGCUUCAAUAUCAAGAUGGUACUACAUCAAUUGAUGUCAGUGAUGGCCCCAGCUAGGGUCGAAGGGCUGAUGUCUGAUGAGGACCUGGCUGUCUGUAGUACAAUUCUACUUAAAGAAAAGGGAUCGAUGUACGAAUAAAUCAUUUCUUGGGGAUUCUCCACAACCCUUUUUGAUCUUGUC